AUGAUUUGCCUGGUCGGCCAUCCGCUCAGCCGCUUUGAUAUCGCGUUUAGCAGCCUGCUGCGCUCUCCUCAGAAGGCGCAGCAAGAGGAGCCGAGGCGCCGGGCAACGAACCUGGCCGACGACACCGCGGAGAGCGCGUUCGACUUCUCAAGGGUGCCCGCCUUGCUCGAGGCGCAGUACACCACGCUCGACCCGCUGGGCGCCAUCCGACCGACGUCCAUCAAGGUUGACGACAUAUGUUACGUAUACCACUCGUGCUGGUGGUUGACGAAGCAGCAGGGGCUGCUUGCGCCGCCAAAGGUAAUCUCGUUGAGCCCGCAACUCGAGCGGCAGAGGGCCUUCGACCUGCUCGACGCGCUCACGCGCUCGGGCGCCCUGCAGCUGGACGACGCGAGCCUGCACGUCAUCGUCGGCGCAACGCACGUCUUCGCCGACAGCGUGAUGGAGACUCUCGUAGCCGAGAGCAUCAACCCAAUCGAGAAGCUCGAGAGCUCCUCCCUCAUCAUUGCUUCCGUCGUCCACAACGUGCCGCCUCAGCAGCUGCUCGCCGACGAUGAGCAGCUCCGUCGCGUCCAACAGUUCGCAUCGCCGGUGCUGUCCAGCAAGGCGGAGCGGUCCACGCAGGAAGUGUGA